ACUAAACAGCUGAGUAUUAAUCAAAAGAAGAAAAAAAAGAAAACAAAACCAAAUUUUCCUGAUUGCGAAAACUAAUUAUUUGUGCAUUAGUCGAUCCAUCAUAAUUGAUACUGUUUAAGAUAUAAAGUGAAUCAAAACUGCUCCACCCAUACCAAUGAAAAAAUAAUGUGAUAAUACUCCAAAGAUAGAUAAAAGAUAAAAUUCCAAAAAUCCUACAAACGAAACAAUGGAUGGAGGUGAAAUGGAGGAGCUACCGUUUUUUAUAUUUUUUAAAGGCUCUCGUGUCUCCAUCGAUUGGAGAGAGAAUGAUGAUACGAAAACCACCAUGACACCACCGUCUAUGCCUUCCAAUGGAAUUCGUCGCAUAUGUUCUAUAACGCCACAGUAUUUUCUCUUGUUGCUAAACAACAAUUGGUUGUACGAGGCCAGGUUUGAUCAAGGGCAAAUGAAACUACGACUUAAAUUUAUACGGGGAUCUGUCCAAGAUGUUCAGUAUUGUAGGGAAAUGAGUGCUGUCUACUUGGUGUUGGAGAAUGGUGCUGUAGUUACACAAGUCUUGCAUGAAAGUCGACAUAUGGAGUUGGUCGUCUCCAAUGAAAGACAAUGGCAGGCAAUAACUUUUGAUCCUUUGGAGUUGUCUGAAGAAGGCGUUUGUAUAAAACGUGUGUGUUGCUCUGCAACGGGCACAAUCUUUGUGUCUGACAGAUGUGAUAUUUAUGCUUUGGGCAAUUGUGGAGUUCAUUUUUCGGUGGACAGCCAUCAGCCCAUAUUGCUUCGUUGCUUUAAAAAUCCCAUGGAAAUUGUGGACUUAAAUGCGGGCGAUAAUUUUUUUGUAUUUCUGGUGAGGAGAAAGAAAGAAAUACCAAAGGAAAUACUAACAGUUCGAGAAUAUGGCGAACUGCCAGAUCUUAUUUGCUCAGAAACCAACAAUACACCACAACGAAAUAGUGUUGAAUUGUCUUCUUCAUCCUUGAACUCAUCUCUGUCAAAUAACUCCGAAAACAAUAUACAACGCUUACUUAAUCUCGGCCAAACACUUUUGAAUACCGAGAUUUACACUAUGGGCUCUCUAAAUAAGGGCCUGCUGGGCACGGGAGAUCAUAUUAAACGUGACAACAUAGUGGCAUUAGAUAAACUUAAAGAAAUUGGUGUCUGUAGCCUGGCUACGGGCAGAGAUCAUACUGUGGUAAGAACUAUUGAUGGCACCUUUUACCACUGGGGCCUUAAUUCCCAGCAGCAGCUGACAACAAAAUCUCAAGUUUAUGAGUUGAGUAGUCCGACAGAAUUCAAUGUUAACUAUGGCAAUCUGCAAGAAGAUCAGGUUAAUAUUCUGGAAGCCUGCUGUGGCGAUUACAGAACAGUUCUAUUGAAUACUCGUGGUGAACUUUUCGAAGGCGCCAAACUGUUAUUGCACCACGAGAAGGAUUUUGUUACCCUACAAAUGAAGGAUAUGUCAAAGCAAUCUUUUCCCUUGCUGCUGGCGAGUUCAAACCUAACAAUAUACAAUCGCAGAAAGUUCAAAAGAGAGUUCUGCAUGGUACACCAUCUAUUACAGACGCAAACUAAAACUAUGCUAAGCUAUCACAAGAGCGUUAUAUACAUCCAGAGAGUAACUCAAAAGGUAUUGUUGAAGGAUAUGCAACAUAUAUGCGAUCAAUGGGAAAGUGUGCUGUACAUAGUGGUGGCUAUGCUAAACUCUUUGGAACAAUUAUAUCGCUCAGAUUAUGAUGAUUAUUCUCAACUAUUAAUUGUUGUGUACUUCCGAGAGUAUUUAGAGAUUUUUGAAAAUUAUGCAAAAAGUUUUUGUGAUAUGGACUCCAUUGAUGGCUUCUCGGCAAUGCAGAAAAUGUUUCAACAAACUCAAAGUCCCUCCAUGCAGACACAAAGAACAUCUACAUCAUCCACAUCGUCCUUAUUCGAGGGUAGUAAGGAAGAAUUUUUGAAAAUGUUCAAAUCUCCUCUACAGUUUUUGCCGCUGGUUACCCAACUUUUGGAGACAAUUCAAAAGAAUCAUGGCAAUUAUAAUGUGGAGUUGACUUCUUGGCUGGAAUUUGUACGCUCUAACCGCAAAGACAUGGAAUUGGCUGAAUACACUCGAGAUUUUUGGCAAAGCAAUCAGAAAAAUUCCAAAAUUAUUCAUUUCAAACGAAAGGAAAGGCGUGUGAUAUUAAGUUCCACCACUGUGCCCAUAGGGCCCCACACAUUUAGAAGCACCCCGUUCUUUAUUCUCUUUUCUGAUUGCCUGUGUCAGGUGGGAAACCACAUAGUCACAUUUCCCUUGGACGCCAUGUGGUUGAAGAAGGAAGGAGAUUGUGGCAUUACCAUAAAAACCCCUGAAAAGAUAUUCACCUUAUUGGCCAAAAAUCAAUACGACAAAGAUCUUUGGUAUGAUCAAUUGGAGUCCUCAAUAAAAAGCAUUUUACAACUAACAGAAAAAUCCAAGAUUCCCGAGGUACGUUCUAUACAAUACACCUUCUCUAUUCAUUCCAAAUAUUCGGGAGCCAGUGUAAAGGGCAAUUUCUCCAAUGGUGUAAUGCAUGGCAAAUGUGUAUUGAAAUAUCCCAAUGGAAAAUUCUAUUCCGGCGAUGUUAUUCAUGGAGUCAUUGAAGGAUAUGGUUUGAUGUUCUUACCCAAAGUUGGUGUUUAUAAGGGACACUUUAAAAACGGAGAGUUUUGUGGAAAUGGAACUCUUCAAAUGCGUGAAAAGGAAAAAUACGAAGGCAAUUUUCGUGACGGUAAAUUUAAUGGUCAUGGCUAUUUACAAACCCCCGAGUAUAUCUAUGUGGGCGAUUUUCGAGAUAAUCUCAAAUGGGGCUAUGGCGUACUGGAUAGAUUGGCAACUGGUGACAAGCACAUUGGUAUGUUUGCUGAUAAUAAGAAAGUUGGCCCUGGCAUCUGCAUAACCGCAAUGGGAAAUUAUUUUGAGGGUCUCUAUGCAAAUGAUGAAUUGACGGGAAAAACAGUGGUCAUAUUUCCUAAUCAGUUUUACUAUGAAGGCGAAUCUGGACUAAAUGGGCCAAACGGUUUGGGCAAAUACUAUAUGCCCAAAGAAGAAUCGAUGGAAACAAAUCUUUUUACAAAUGGAGAAGAUACAGUCAGUGGAAAUAUUUUAAGUGGUCAGCUAACUGGAACUUGGGAAAAUGUGAAAAUUAGCUCCGGAUCUAUGGAAAUAAAUGUACAAUUUCCCAGAUAUCCAAGCUCAUUUGGUAGCCACAUUGUCAAUAAUUCUCAAAAAUGGGCCAAUUUAUUUAAAGAUUUCGAGAUUGAAAUUUUUGAUGAUCUAGCUCAUGCAACAAGUAUUUCGAAAGCUAUAACAUUUGCCCUUUGGAAUCGUGUUAUAUCUUUCAUAACGAAGCAACAUGAAAUCGAAAAUGAGAAAAAACCUGAUUUUGAUAUAAUGAACUCGGGUACACCUCCAUCAACAUCGAAUAGUUACAGAAGAGACUGGAGUGUAACGUCAUUUGAUAAUGAUAAGCUAAGUUUAAAUUCGUCUUCGUUUGUUGGUGAACAACAAACAGAGCUCAAUAAAUCUCAUUCCCAAUCGGAUGAUAUGCUGUUAAAUGGUUGGGAGGUCCAUAAGUUUGAUUUGCUAAGUACAUUUGGGAACAAGUUCAAGCGUUUGAAUGCCGAGGAUACCGAGAAUAAUUCUACAUUCCCUAGUUUAAUGGCCAUUAUGGAGAAUUGCAGCACCACCACUGAUACUUUUAAUGAUAGUGCUUUGAGUAAUUGUGAUAUGUUGGACGAUUGUAUCUCAUUGCAAGCUGAAAUGGAAUUGAUACCGCCCUUUGGAUUUUCCGAACUAACCGAGGAGGAUCUAGUCGCCAUUAAGGCCUAUCUAAAGGAUGCAUUCCGUUAUCGUUACCACCCACUGAAACAUUUAAAUGAUCGCAUUACCUAUGCUUUUUAUCGUUCUUAUGGCUGUUGGAAAAUCAAACCAACACCUCUUUUGGCCAAACAGGCCAUGCGCGAGUGGGAAUCAAUAUCCCAGCGCAUGUAUACAUUUAUCCGUCGUCUAUUUCCUGCCUUACCCGAAGAUUAUACAAUGAUUGGCGAGCAAAGGGAGUUUGUCUCCCAUAUCACACUGUUGUACCCCAUAGUAUUAUCUGAGAACAUUUACUCAAUGCUAUUUGUGCUGUAUGCUAAUCAGUAUAGCGAAAAAGAUGAAUUAUACAGGCAAAAUCUGAUACGUGCCGAAAAGCUAACGGAUGAGAUGUUGGUGGAUCGUUUGGAGUUUGAUAGUGAUGUAUUGGCAGUAAUUAAGACACCUCAAUUUGCUGAAGCUGUAAAAAGGCUAAAUGAACUAAAGGAGAAAUACAGUCCCAUGGCAAUGCUAACUGUGAUAGAAAACUGUAUGGAACAAUUAACCCAUGCGUAUCAGCAAAUCUCCAGAGAUAAUCAAAGAAGCCUGAAUGCCGAUCUUAUAAUGCCUCUAACUUUGGUUUUAUUGCUGCGGGCAGGAAUUCACCAUUUAGGGGCCGAAUUGGCAUUACUGGAUGAUUUGACCGAUAGUCAAAAUUUUCAAUUCGAAAUGAACGGCAUACGAGGUUAUUGCUUGACCACUCUUAAGGCAUCGUAUGAACAUCUUACAAAUAAAUCGUUGUUUGAGAAAAAUAAUUAGUGGCACCUUAGUUGUUGUUGUUGUAGCAGUGUGUUGUACACUGAGGCGGCAGCCCUUGCCGAUGAAGGACUUCAUCGGGUAAAACCGGUACGUACAACCGGCUGCCUUGGGAUUGAGUGGCACCUUAUUAAUAAAUACAAGAUAAUAUUUCAAAGUAACAACAUAUAUACAUAUGUAUGUGUGUAACUACAACUAUAAACUAAAAUUGGUUUAAUCUAAAGAAAAAAGAAUAUUAGUCUAAAAGUAUAUCAACUUGAAAAAUGCAUAAGGGGUUGUAAAAUUAAUUUUCAAAUGUCCUCACGGGGAAAACAUAUUUUUAUAGAAUUUUUAAUUUUAACCACUUGUAGACACCUUAACUUUUAUUUAAAAUUUUAAAUAAGUUUUUUUUUUUAUUUUAAACAGCUUUUUGAAAUUCAUAUAUAUCUCCCUUGUGCAUUUGUUAUGGUGAUAUGUAUUUAUGUUAUAUAUAUAAUUUUACACAUUUCAGUUCCAAAGAAUUGGCUGCUUACACCAGCUUUUUGACAUGGUGUAAAUAAGUAACUCGUUUAUUGUUUUUAUUUGGAUUUUUUUUUAUAAUAAAACAUGAUUGAUGCAGAAA